AUCAUUUUAAGUUUUGAACAUAUUCGACGUCCCGGAUUGCCAAAACCCUAAAUUGGGAUUGAAUUUUGAGAGCUUUCGUGAAACUAGCCGCCGCCUCUAUUGCGAUUAGAAAGGUAGGUCUUCUCUUUGGGUAUCGAUGGCUUGAUCACUGUCUCUCUUUGGAUUGAGGACAGAGACGAUACAAUGGAUGGAAAAGAAGGAAAAAAACCGGAACUUUGAAACUGAUAAACUCUGUGGCUGCUGUUUCUGAUUGUAGCUGUUGAAAUUUCGUGCUUUGUUGAUUCUGUGUGUUUAGGGUUUUCCGAGUGGUGAUGGAUAAGAUCAGUCUUUUACCGGAUGAGGUUCUCGGGCACAUUUUGUCCUUUCUCCCCUCAAAACAGGCUGCUUCAACUUCAUUACUCUCUCAGAGGUGGAGGGAUGUGUUUGUUUUUGUUCCCAGUCUUGACCUUGAUUAUGCGCUUGAGGCUAGUCAGUACCAGCGUGACAAGCCCAGAGAUUUCAUGGAUUUUGUGGAGAGUUUGCUCAAUCUGCGAGGCAAGUCGCCUAUAAAGAAGCUCGCUCUAAAGAUUCAUCUCCUUAAUCAAUUUGGGAUAGACCCAUCUCGUGUUCAUAGCUGGAUAUGCAAUGCCCUUGAGCGUGGUGGUCUUGUGGAUCUUGAUCUGUUCAUCACUUUCAGAGGAAAACUUCAACUUGUGCCUUUGUUGAUCUUCAAGAGCAAGACACUGGUUAAGCUGAGACUAGGACGUGGUUUUACACUCAAGCUUUCUCAACAGGAUGUUGAUCUUCCUUUGCUUAAGAGUUUAUGUCUUGAUACGGUUGACUUUGAUGGAGGUCAUGAUGUCUUUGAAACUCUUCUUUCUCAUUGCCCUGUGCUUGAAGAACUGGUUCUUGAGGAUCAGCGAUGGAAACAAUGGUGUGGAUCUCUGUCUUCUCCAUUACUAAAGAGACUACGCAUCAGAUUCUUUAAUAUCCCUAUUAUCUCUCUUGAUGUUCCCAAUCUUGUCUACUUGGAACUUUCGUGUAUAUUUGGGAGCAAGUAUGCAAAUGUUAACUUGGAAUCCCUCGUUGAAGCUAGACUCAAUCUUUGGGUAGAAGAACAACGAUUACGGGAACUAAGACAUGGAGCUGCUCAUUUAGUUUCUGCUGACAUGAUGGAUCUCAUCACUGCAAUAAGAAAUGUCAAGGUCCUUCACUUAACUAGUGAUGCUCUUGAGCUGUUUUACUUCUCCGGUCAAGAUUUACCAAUGUUUGACAACCUAAUUUGUCUAUCUAUCACGAGUGACAAGAAGCAAGGAUGGCAAAUUCUGCCACUUCUGUUAAAAAACUCUCCAAAUCUUGAAACUCUCAUCUUCAAGGGUGUAGAGCACUACAUGACUACAAAAUGUGGGGAUGCAUGUGUUUGCUCUGGCUCUUGGGUAAGCAGAGCUUCUUGCCUGUCAUCAUCUCGAGUGAAGAGGCUGGAGAUAUGGGGCUAUCAAGGAACUAUGAGAGAGCUGAACCAAGUGAGGCAUUUCCUAAACAAGUUACCAUGUCUUGAGCUGGUGGAAAUUCGUCCAGUGAACAACAUCCAAGUGCCCAUCGAUAUACAAUAUCUUAUGAAGCUACCAAGAGCUUCAUCAAACUGCAAGAUCCAAGCCAUAAUAUAACUCAGAAAAAAAAAACUGAAGACUAUUGAGUAGUACUUUUGGUUGUUCAAAGUCCUUUGAAUGAAGUCGUUGUAUUUUUAGUUUAUGAGAAAACCUUAGCCAGCAAACAUGAGAUAAAUUAUUGCCAGUCUACUUUUAUGGAACCUUCCUUUUCUUGCCAA